GGGGUCUGGAGAGGCGUGGCCCGAGCGGGGCAGUCCGGGGUUUUGGGGGAUAGGAGGGAGGAAAAGGUCGUCUUCCCCAUUCAGUCCCCUUUGGAAGCUGGAGAGGUGGGGCACUGGUUGGGGAAGAACCUGAAAGGAGGCCUCAGAGGUAGGGGCUCGGUGGUGGCGGUCGCCUUCCGCAGGCUGAGCGAUGCUGUGGUGCGCUACUGUGCCAGAUGGGAAGAUCUUCAAGCUGGAGAUACGCCUGGGGCCGUGCUGGACGGGCGAGGCCCUGGAGCAGGCCAUCAUCAGCCAGGCACCGCAGGUGGAGAAACUUAUUGCUACGACGGCCCACGAGCGGAUGCCCUGGUACCACAGCAGCCUGACGCGUGAGGAGGCCGAGCGCAAACUUUACUCUGGGACCCAGACCGACGGCAAGUUCCUGCUGAGGCCGCGGAAGGAGCAGGGCACGUAUGCCCUGUCCCUCAUCUAUGGGAAGACGGUGUACCACUACCUCAUCAGCCAAGACAAGGCGGGCAAGUACUGCAUUCCCGAGGGCACCAAGUUUGACACGCUCUGGCAGCUGGUGGAGUAUCUGAAGCUGAAGGCGGACGGGCUCAUCUACUGCCUGAAGGAGGCCUGUCCCAACAGCAGUGCCAGCAGCGCCUCAGGGGCUGCUGCUCCCACGCUCCCAGCCCACCCAUCCACGUUCACUCACCCUCAGAGACGGAUCGACACCCUCAACUCAGAUGGAUACACCCCUGAGCCAGCGCGCGUAACGUCCCCAGAGAAACCGCGGCCGAUGCCCAUGGACACCAGCGUGUAUGAGAGCCCCUACAGCGACCCAGAGGAGCUCAAGGACAAGAAGCUCUUCCUGAAGCGCGAUAACCUCCUCAUAGCCGACAUUGAACUUGGCUGCGGCAACUUUGGCUCAGUGCGCCAGGGCGUGUACCGCAUGCGCAAGAAGCAGAUUGACGUGGCCAUCAAGGUGCUGAAGCAGGGCACGGAGAAGGCGGACACGGAGGAGAUGAUGCGCGAGGCACAGAUCAUGCACCAGCUGGACAACCCCUAUAUCGUGCGGCUCAUUGGUGUCUGCCAGGCUGAGGCCCUCAUGCUGGUCAUGGAGAUGGCUGGCAGUGGGCCGCUGCACAAGUUCCUGGCCGGCAAGAAGGAGGAGAUCCCCGUGAGCAAUGUGGCCGAGCUGCUGCACCAGGUGUCCAUGGGGAUGAAGUACCUGGAGGAGAAGAACUUCGUGCACCGUGACCUGGCGGCCCGCAACGUCCUGCUGGUUAACCGGCACUACGCCAAGAUCAGCGAUUUCGGCCUCUCCAAAGCACUGGGCGCCGAUGACAGUUAUUACACCGCCCGCUCAGCAGGGAAGUGGCCGCUCAAGUGGUACGCACCCGAGUGCAUCAACUUCCGCAAGUUCUCCAGCCGCAGCGAUGUCUGGAGCUACGGGGUCACCAUGUGGGAGGCCUUGUCCUACGGCCAGAAGCCCUACAAGAAGAUGAAAGGGCCGGAGGUCAUGGCCUUCAUCGAGCAGGGCAAGCGGAUGGAGUGCCCAUCAGAGUGUCCGCCUGAACUGUACGAACUCAUGAGCGACUGCUGGAUCUACAAGUGGGAGGAUCGCCCCGACUUCCUGACCGUGGAGCAGCGCAUGCGGGCCUGUUACUACAGCCUGGCCAGCAAAGCGGAGGGGUCCCCGGGCUGCGCACAGAAGGCCGAGGCUGCCUGUGCCUGAGCUCCCACCGCCCAGGGCCUGCAGCCCUCCACGCCGGCUCUUCCCCUGCCUCGGUCCCACCCCAGGCCCUGCAGCCCGGCUGAGCCCUGCUUGGUUGUCUCCACACACAGCUGGGCUGUGGUAGGGGCAUCUCCGGCCGUGCUGGCCUUGCAUUCCCUGCCUGACCCCUGUCCUGUCUGGCUACGGAGCAGGGAGGCCCCGGAGGGUGGGGCCGUGCAGCCUGGGCUGGUGGCUCCCAGAGGGCCCUGAGCUGAGGGCGUUGCUUACACGGAUGCCUUCCUCUGGGCCCUGACCCUGGAGCCUGGGUGUCCUCGGUGGUCAGGUGUAGAUAACCAGAAUAAACUCAACUUCCCUCUUGUC